AUGGAAAGGGCUACGGUCGAGCAAUUCCUGGCGACGCUCACCAACUCCGAGACGCUACUAAUGCCGGGCGGAUACCAUCAUAAUUGCGCUGCCAAACAACCCAGUUCAUACUUCUCGCGGCUGACACGCUGGGGCGGCGGAAAGUGUGAAACCGGGAAAUGGCGGCACGGGAUCUGCAUUUGGGGAAUCGAGGAUUUGCCGUGGCUUAGAAACAUCUCCAGCCGCUGGUUGAUGAUCAACAAGUUUAUUCCUGAUUUUGACUUUCUGAGCAUUCACUGUCUAUCAGAGAGUAUCUACAAUAGGACACACAUGGGACCCGAUUUCGUGGAUCUGGAACGUCUGGGAAAGCAUUCCAUGGUUUACUACAACGAUGUGGUGAAGAAAAAGCCCGGGUUUAAUGCGGCCACAUUUACGUGUAAUAUUACGUUCCCACAGCCA